UGAUCAGUCGGUACUUUGACGUCUGAAGACCAGAUAUUUUUAGCUAGCGUCUCGUCGUGAUACUGCGAUAAGGCAGUAAGGUUUUCUUCGAGUAUUUGUAUCAUUUACAUUUGUGUUUAGAAUUCAAUCAGAUAACACGUUGUGUUUAGACAUAGUGAGGUUAGUGGAAACUAUUGCGGAUUGACAUGAAAAGAAAACGAUUGAUUUGUUAAAGUGAUUGAUUAGUUGAAGUGAGUGAUACGAAAAUGGAUUUUGAGACAGUAUUGAACAAUGAAUUGGGGGAGUUUGGGAAGUAUCAAUUAUUAAAUAUCUUGUUAUUGGCUCUACCAGCCGUUGCGUCUGGGUUCAUGGCCGGCGAUUAUGUGUUCACAGCAGGUAAAUUGCCUUAUCGAUGCGCGGUGCCUUUAUGUGACGAGCAGCCGACGGAAUUUGCACCAGAAUGGAUAUUGAAUGCCAUUCCAAGAACAACGACCGGCUUUGAAGACUGUUCCCGUUACGCUGACUUAUCGAACACUACAACGUUUCCGAGCGACGCUUGCCCGCCCGAACUGUUCGACAGAAAUACGAUUAUUCCGUGUGAAGGAUACGUGUACGGUAGAACUAACACAGUUGUUUACGAUUUCGGGCUCGAGUGCAAGGAGUGGUUGAGAGCGCUGGCCGGGACAUUGAAUAGUCUGGGUGCAAUGAUCGCCCUGCCGCUGGCCGGUUUCGUGUCCGACUAUUUCGGCCGGCGGAUUUCUAUUGUGUUUUUUGCAUUCAACGUCGCGCUAGUGGGGGUGAUUAAAGCGUUCUCUAUUAAUUAUGUCAUGUAUGUAACGCUACAGUUUAUGCACACGGCUAUAGGUGGAGGACUUUACAGUGCUGCGUACAUACUAGCUACCGAACUUGUCGGUCCUAGGUUUCGUGUUCGGACCAGUGCGGUGAUGUCCUCUUGUUUUGCUCUAGGACAGGCGUUGUUGGGUGGUAUCGCAGCAGGCGUGCACGAAUGGAGAAAACUGACCUUAACGUUAUUUGUUCCUGUGUUUUGUUUACUGUCGUACUACUGGAUAGUGACGGAGAGCCACCGCUGGUUGCUGAGCAAAGGCAAAAACGAUAAAGCUAGAUACACCCUAGAAAACGCAGCUCGUUUGAAUGCAAGAAAGAUAUCCGACAACACAAUGAGCUUCCUCCUGACCGCAAUACCGCGACAGAGUAAUGAGAAAACGGAUAUAAGCAACAGACUUUUAAUUAUUCGAGUAAUUAAAUCUCCGGUAAUGUUACGCAGAUGUUGCACCACUCCGGUGUAUUGGAUAGCGACAACGUUUAUUUAUUACGGCUUAUCUAUAAACUCUGUCAGCUUGUCAGGCAAUAUGUACUUAAACUAUGUGUUAACGUGCCUUAUCGAAAUUCCUGGUUAUUGGACUGCCUAUAAGGCGUUAGAUAAAGUGGGGAGAAAAGUGACUCUUUUCUCAGGUUACAUGUUAUGCUCAGUUUGCUGUGUGGCAUUUUCUUUUACCCCCAAAAAUAUGUAUGCCUUGUCUUUAGUUUUAUAUUUAACUGGUAAGUUUAGUACUGGCGUUAUAUUCACGUCGCUAUAUUUGUUUACAUCAGAACUGUAUCCGACCAGGCAUCGUCACUCGUUUCUUGGUUUCUCUUCAAUGUUGGGUCGUAUAGGAUCGGUAGUUUCCCCACUCACCCCGCCGCUUAUGGUCUACUGGUCAGGAAUUCCGUCUAUGCUGUUUGCCAUAAUGUCAGCCAUAGCUGGCCUGCUGAUACUCACUCAACCAGAAACUCGUGGCAAAACAAUACCAGACACAUUUGAAGACGCUGAAAAAAUAGGAUUAGACGUUAAGAACACAAAGUAGAUAAUAUUAUAUUAUAAUAUUAUAUUCUUUUGUAUUUUAUGUUAAAACAGCAUCUGUGAUUAAAAUUAUAA